UGAUAGUGUCCUUUCUCUGAAAUACAAACAAGCCCAUCCAAUAAAAGCCCAAUUUAAAAGUUUUUUCCUUGGUAGUUAAACCCUAGCAGUUUAUUGAGUUCCAAUUUCUUCUCUCCAUUUCGCUAAACCCUACGCCCUGCUUGUACUUCAACAGAGAGAGAGAUGGGUAGCGAUAGCGAAGUAGAGAAGUCGGUACAGAAAGAGAAAGAGAGAAAGAAGCUAUUAGCUUUAGCUCCUAUUGCUAAGCCGCUCGCUGGAAAGAAACUCAGCAAACGUACCUUCAAACUCGUUAGGCGAGCUGCGGAACAUAAGUGCUUGAAGAGAGGAGUUAAAGAGGUGGUUAAGAGUAUUCGACGUGGUCAAAAAGGAUUGUGUGUUAUAGCUGGAAACAUUUCUCCUAUAGAUGUCAUUACUCAUGUUCCAAUACUAUGUGAGGAAGCUGAUAUACCAUACAUCUAUGUUCCCUCAAAAGAAGAUCUUGCAAAUGCUGGAGCCACUAAGAGGCCAACUUGCUGCGUUUUGGUAUCGACAAAGCCUACUAAGGGGGAACUUAGGCAGGAAGAUCAAGAGAAACUGAAAGAAGAUUAUGAUCAAGUUGUAUCAGAAAUUCGCGAAAUAACUGCCUCCUUGUUUUGACAUUGAGGGGGUUUCGCUUAGUUCCCUGUACUUAACUCUGCACCAUUUCAUCUCUACUUUAUUCUGGAACACGCUGUUUAAACAUAUGCUAUUUAUUUACGUCACCGUCCAA